GAUUGCAGUAUUUUCAAUAAUCCAAAAGACGAUGAAACAAAAAAUUUUUUUUUUAAAACACACAUCACAUACACAUUACAAAAUCAAUAUAAUAAUUAUUAUUUAUCGCUCCACUAAAAUUGCUUUAUUGAUGAAAUUAAAGUAUGAUAACCAGAAAGUGGUCAGCAAAUUGCCAUAAAAAAAAUAUAUAUGUUUCACGAUAUAUCACACACGGUUUGAAUCUCUGUUGUCAUCUGAUCUAAUUUAUAGAUUUUAAUAUUAUACUUAUUUAUAGUUAUAUAUCUAGCAGUAUUUGUAGUGGGAAUGCGCUAGAAGAAACGAAUUUUGGUCCACCGGUGUAUAGAACACGCAUAGUAUAUAUAAAAUAAAAUAAAAACUGAUUCACGUAUUAGUUAUUAAUGUAUUAGUAGGUAAAAUUUCUACAGAGUGAAAGCUGUAGUGUGAACUAUUUUUUUUUGUAUUUCAAUAAACUAAAAAAAAUUAAAAAAUUGAAAUGAGUAUAGCAGAUACGUUUAGGAAUGGGACUGUUUUCGUUACCGGAAGUACGGGGUUUCUAGGGAAAAUACUCACGGAAAAACUAUUAAGGUCUUGUGAUGUGAAAUGCAUUGCGAUUCUCGUUAGAGGUAAAUAUGGAGUACCUGCCAGUGAACGAGCUGCGAAUAUAUUUAAACAAUCAAUCUUUGACCGCCUUAGAUUUGAAAGCCCUGACUUCGUCACCAAGAUAAAAACAAUUGAUGGACAUAUAGAUAAACAAUCAUUAGAUAUUUCAACAGAUGAUUGUGAUUGGCUGAUAAAAAAUGUGAAUUUCGUUUUUCAUUGUGCUGCUACAGUCAAAUUUAAUGAAACUCUUGAUAUGGCAACAAAAAUAAACAUCCAAGGGACAGAAAAUGUAUUAGAACUAGGGGCGAAAAUGAAUUAUCUUAAGGGUUUUGUUUAUGUAUCAACCGCUUAUUCUCACUGUCCGAGAAGUGAAAUUAAAGAAGAAUUCUAUCACGUUUCAAUAUCAGCCAAAGAAUUAAAAAAAAUAAUUGAACUUGAUGAAGAAACACGCAACGUUUUGAAAGAUUGGCCUAAUACAUACAUUUUCACUAAAGCACUCUCAGAAAAUAUGAUAUCAACAAAUGAAAACAAAUUGCCGAUUUCAGUGUUUCGUCCUUCAAUUAUAGGGUGCACACAAUCUGAACCAGAACCAGGUUGGAUGGAUAAUGUGCAAGGGUUUGUUUAUUUAAUUAAUUCAUGCAUGCUCGGAAUCUUAAGAGCAAUUCCAAUGUCAUUGGAUAAAAAAGCCGAUAUUGUCCCAAUCGACUACGCUGCCAAUGCAUUAAUUAGCGUAAUGUGGGAUACGGUAAACCGGUAUCAAGAUGAUAACGAAAAAAAGAAGAAACCAAAAAUUUAUAAUUACGUGUCUAGUUUUGACAGCCCAGUACAUUGGCGCAUGUUCUUAAAGUACAUUUAUGAAACUUACCAUCAGGCGCCUCCGUUCCAAUCAAUAUGGUAUUUAUUUUGUAUAUUUUCUGACAAUUGUUGGUUCAUCAGUAUUAUGAGAUUUUUUUUACACCGUAUACCGGCUGCGUUGGUAGAUUUGUCGUUGAUUAUUCGUGGUAAAAAUACAAAAAUGUUGAAAAUGUAUAAAAAACAAGAAAGAAUUGUGGAUUCGUUAGAAUUGUUUUUGACGAGUGAAUGGAAAUUCGACAAUAGUAAUACUCGGAAAUUAUGGGCGCUAUUAAGUCAAGAGGAUCGCAAGACAUUUUGGUUCGGUUUCGAAGAAUUUGAUUGGAAAUCCUAUACGCAAACUAUGGUUUAUGGAAUUAGAAAAAAUAUUCUACAGGAAGAUUUAAAUAACAUAACUAGAGCAUUAUCGAAAAAUCGAAAGUUAUUCUGGUUGCAUCAAUUGUGCACUUUUCUUAUUAUUUACAUUGUAUUUCAAAUAUGUUGGAUGUUUGUGCUGUAAAUAUCAGAUACGAUGAUCACCGAUUAUUAUCAUUAUUAUUAAUAUUGUAACGGCAACUACAAAACCGCGCUCUGACAACCCGUUUUCUUUCCUUGUUUUCCCUACAUAAUAAUAUUUUCACCAAUACUGUGGACACAUAAUAUAUAACUAUUAUAGUAGAAUUAUUUAUUAAGUAUAAGGACUUUCUGUACGUAGAUCGAUUGUAUUUACUACGUAAUUACCUUAUUAUAAUUGGUUUGAUACUUUUAUAUAAAAAUAUUAUAAUUAUUAGAUAUUAUUUUCAACAAUUUCUUCAAUUAGUAAGUAUAAUUGAUAAUGUUCACUUUUUUGUAAAUAAGAUAUACAAUACACCGACCGUUGUAAUUUUUAACAUAAAAUUCAAUUUUUUCAUUUUUGUGCCCCCUACCCAAAUAUUGUAGGCAUCUAGGUAGAACUCUCACAACUUCCCCUAUUGUUACGACCCUGUGCAUACCUACGUAUAAUUUCUAACUAUAAAGUUUCAAAGUUAUACCGUGUAUUUUUAAUAUUCACAU